AAAAGAGCAAGAAGCAUCGUUGGCCGCGGUAGUAAUGUGCUUACAUUCGUAAAGAGCAAUUCUUUAACGAUAUUACCGGCAUACGCUGACAGUACCGCAAGUUGUUAUGUGUUGUUGAUUUCUAGGGAGUUUUGAGAAGGUGAUGUGAUUUAGUUUUGUUAUUGAGAUUGCCUUUGAACUUUUAAACAAUGACGUUAAGGGAACUAAAAAAGAAAAGGCAAUACAUAGAACCUGGUGGGAGAAUAACAUCACAAUCUAGUGAACCCGCAGAUAAUAAAAGAUAUUCAAGACAAGAGGAAACGACACGGGAAAAGCAAAGACCGCCAAUUUAUAAUCCAGAAGAUUAUGCAUACUGGAUUAAGAAAUGGGGAAAGAAGUCAGGUCAUGGCAUUAUAUCUCUUUACACCACAUCUAGUAUGUCUGAUCUAGAAAGUAACUACUCGCAAAGUCACUCCUUCAGGGAUUACAGGAAUCCAAUGCUUAGUUCUUCAGAAAUGGAAAUGACAUUAAGGCAAUUUGGAACUGUCUCAGAACUGCUUGCCAAACUAAAGUGUGACCUCAGAUUAGCAUAUCCAAGUUUCGUCCAAGAAUUUGUCGCAGAUCCUCUUGAUGGAGUUACAGUCCUACUAGAUCUACUUCGUGCUAUUCAAUUAAGUCAGUCUAACGCCGGCCAAGUUCAAAAUUGCUCAUCAGGAGGAACUACAUCUAAACUAUCACCUGCCCUUCAACGACGGACUUUAUUGGAUGAAUUGGCAUGCUUGCAAUGUUUGUAUAAUUGCUGCAUACGAUAUUCUGAAUCCAUCAGAAAGUUAACAGCAUCAUCUGCUGGAUUAUUUACACUGGCAAUAUGUAUCAUGAGCAAUGUUAACAAAUCACGGAUUUUGGCUUUACAGUUACUUAGUAAAGCGUGCGAACCUCCAACAAAUUGUCAUUCUGCUGUAUCUGAGGCCAUGUCCACUCUUCGAUUAAGAUUUGGUGAACCCGUCCGGUUUAGAUUUCUUGUUGGAAUGCUGAGUUCAGCAGGAAGCCAUCAUACAGAACUGCUAACAUCAGGGCUGAAAUUUCUAAAUUCACUUUUAAAUACGGCUGAGUCUAUUCAGAAAAGAGUUUAUUUACAGGCAGAACUAGAACAGGCUGGAUUUGAUUUGGCAAUGAUUAAAAAGAAUAUUGGUGUGAACGUUAACGCAUGCGAAACUCUUUUUGAUGAAAUGGAUAUAUUUGAAAAGCACUUCGUCGAUAUUGAAAACCUUACAAUUCGUACAGAAAGUGCAGAAAAAGAAAAUGAUAAUCUACGCGAUAGGCUAGCCGAUUUGGAAGAGAAAAUUCAGGUUUUACAAGAAGAAAAGGGUAUUUUAAUUUCAAUGGAUCAAUGUUUGAGAGACAAAUGUAGUGAACUUCGAGAAGAAGUACAAUCUUUAAAAUCCGCUCAAUCUGUAGGCGCUUUAUGUAGAUCAUCAAAGAAUCCAGAAUCUACACCUGAAGAUGAAGGUAUAUCAUCUUCUGAGAGAACUCCUAGUCCAGAAGCCGAAAUUCAACCCACUUCUACGGUAUACGAGAUAUAUACAGCCCCAGAAGAACCACCAAGUAUUGACUCUGAAGAAGAAACUACUAUAGAAGAUGUAAUACAGGAACUUCAGGAUAUAAUCAGUAACGAAGAAACUCAGGAUUAUAACAGGGAAAAUCUAAAACUUAAUAAUGAAAGAAAACGAGAGGAGGAAUCUCAAAUAGCAGGAAAAUUGAAAAUUCAUUUGGAUAUUGAUGAUUACGCACUUACGAGUGAUUACGAAAUAAUUCCAUCAAAUUUACAACCAGAACCUCCAAGAAAAUCCAGAAGUCUAGUACAUUUAUUUUUGCCGACUACAGACUAUGAUUAUAAUACAAAGGAAUUAUUUUUUGAAACAGAAAGUCUAACAACAGACAGUUCAUUUUCUAUGGUAGAUGUGUCUAAGUAUUGUCCUCCUCUAUACGAGAAGAAGACAGAAUCAACUCCCAUCGAAUCAAUGCCCAUAAACAAUGUAGUACACAACAAAAGUUCUAAGGUAACAGUAAAGCGAUCAGAAUCUUUUAGACAACUACCAAAUCCAACACCCACCAUUAGAAGAAAUGUGUAUUCUGAAAAACAUCAAUUUCACAUUCCUCCUGAAGAAUACAAAAGAAAUUUACAGAAAAACAAAAACAUAAACUUAUCGAAUAAAUGCAUGAGCUUAGAUAGAGUUGACAGUAGUAUAGAUGUACCAAAUGGUGUCGUAUCAAAUAAAGUAAAAGCCAUUGCCUCAAGAUCAAAAAGUGAUUCAGAAAACUUACUCAUAACCUCUACUAAUAAAAGCAUAUCAAAUGUAUACGUAAAUCGUGAUAAAGACAUAAAGCCGAAAUUGGGAUCUUAUUCCGAAGAAAAGCACAGAAUGUUUUUACCCUCAUACGGAGAAGAAAACGAAGUAUUAUAUUAUUUUCCUCGAAUUCAAGAAAGGAAACCAAGUAAUACUUCAAGUUUUCUUUUAGAUCGGGGAUUUAGCAACGCUGGUCUUUAUUCUGGUCAAACAUUUGAGACACAUCACUAUUUUAAUCGCAGUAGAGAAGUUAUAGGCAGCGACUGCAGAAGUUCUGGAAAAUUAACAGAUUUUCCCUCAGGAUUAUAUUAAAAAAUAAAUUAAGUUGUACUGUAAAUAGUAUUUUGUUUAUCAUAGUUAUAAUUAAAUUUAUGUAUGUGAUAGUUGAAAGUAUAAGUUAUAUAAAACAUUUCAUUGAUUAAUGUAAACAGUAUAGUAAUUAACUUGGAUUAUUUUAAAGUUUGUAAUAUUUAUUCUACCAAAUAUUUUAGACAUG